UACUUCUAUAACUGCAUCUCUAAUUUGCUCAACAAAGCACAAUGUCUCGAUCACGACAACCCCCUCUUGUGACAGGCAUCUCUCCAAAUGAAGGAAUACCAUGGACAAAGGUGACAAUUAGAGGAGAAAACCUGGGGACUGGCCCAGCCGACCUCAUAGGUUUGACAAUUUGUGGACAUAAUUGCCUCCUGACGGCAGAAUGGAUGUCGGGGAGUAAAAUAGUAUGUCGAGUGGGACAAGCCAAAAAUGACAAAGGAGACAUUAUUGUCACAACCAAGUCGGGUGGCAAAGGAACCUCAACAGUCUCUUUCAAGUUACUCAAACCUGAAAAAAUAGGUAUUUUGGAUCAGUCUGCUGUGUGGGUUGAUGAAAUGAAUUAUUAUGACAUGCGUACUGACAGGAAUAAAGGAAUUCCUCCCUUGUCCCUACGUCCUGCUAAUCCGCUUGGCAUUGAGAUUGAAAAAAGUAAAUUUCCCCAGAAGGACUUAGAAAUGCUAUUCCCUGGAAUGAGUGCUGAUUUUACAAGUGAGAAUUUUUCAGCUGCCUGGUAUCUUAUAGAGAAUCACUCAACCACCAGUUUUGAACAGCUCAAAAUGGCAGUCACCAACCUGAAGAGACAGGCUAGUAAGAAGAGCGAAGGCAGUCUGGCGUAUGUGAAAGGGGGUCUUAGUACUUUCUUUGAAGCACAGGAUGCCCUCUCAGCCAUCCAUCAAAAACUAGAAGCGGAUGGAACGGAAAAAGUAGAAGGAUCCAUGACGCAAAAACUGGAGAAUGUUCUGAACAGAGCAAGUAAUACUGCGGACAUGUUAUUUCAAGAAGUAUUAGGUCGAAAGGACAAGGCAGAUUCCACUAGAAAUGCACUCAAUGUGCUUCAGCGAUUCAAGUUUCUUUUCAACCUUCCUCUAAAUAUUGAAAGGAAUAUUCAAAAGGGUGAUUAUGAUGUGGUUAUUAAUGAUUAUGAAAAGGCCAAGUCACUCUUUGGGAAAACGGAGGUGCAAGUUUUCAAGAAAUAUUAUGCUGAAGUAGAAACACGGAUUGAAGCUUUAAGAGAAUUACUUCUGGAUAAAUUGCUUGAGACGCCAUCGACCUUACAUGACCAAAAACGUUAUAUAAGGUACCUGUCCGACCUCCAUGCAUCGGGUGACCCUGCUUGGCAGUGCAUCGGGGCGCAGCACAGGUGGAUCCUCCAGCUCAUGCACAGCUGCAAAGAGGGCUACGUCCAAGACCUGAAAGGUACUCCAGGCCUUCACAGUCCCAUGAUGGAUCUGGAUAACGAUGUGCGUCCCUCAGUGUUGAGUCAUCUCAGUCAGACAGCAUCACUGAAGCGGGGCAGCAGCUUUCAGUCUGGUCGAGAUGAUACAUGGAGGUACAAAACUCCCCACCGGGUGGCAUUUGUUGAAAAAUUGACCAAGCUUGUUUUAAGUCAGCUGCCUAACUUCUGGAAACUCUGGAUUUCAUAUGUUAAUGGAAGCCUUUUCAGUGAGACUGCUGAGAAGUCAGGCCAGAUUGAAAGAUCAAAGAAUGUAAGGCAAAGACAAAAUGAUUUUAAGAAAAUGAUUCAGGAAGUGAUGCACUGUCUUGUGAAGCUGAUCCGUGGAGCCCUGCUUCCACUCAGCAUCCCGGAGGGCGGAGUGAGGCAGUAUGGAGGCUGGGAGGUAAAGUCUGAGCUCUCCGGACAGUGGCUGACUCAUGUCAUCCAGACCAUGAGGCUUACUUAUGAAUCGUUAACUGCCCUCGAAAUUCCUAAUGACAUGUUACAGACUAUCCAGGAUCUCAUUUUGGAUCUCCGAGUACGUUGUGUGAUGGUUACAUUGCAACACACAGCAGAAGAAGUAAAGAGGUUAGCUGAAAAGGAAGAUUGGAUUGUCGAUAAUGAAGGACUGACUUCUCUACCAUGUCAGUUUGAACAGUGCAUUAUACAUUCUCUCCAGUCACUUAAAGGUGUUCUAGAGUGCAAGCCUGGAGAAGCCAGUGUCUUUCAACAACCUAAAACACAGGAGGAGGUUUGCCAACUAAGCAUCAGUAUCAUGCAGAUUUUUAUAUACUGUCUGGAACAAUUGAGCACCAAGCCUGAUGCCGAUGUAGAUACUGCACAUCUUUCUGUUGACGUUUCUUCUCCUGAUUUGUUUGGAAGUAUCCAUGAAGACAUCAGUUUGACUUCGGAACAGCGACUUUUGAUAGUCCUGAGUAAUUGCUGCUACCUAGAACGUCACACCUUCCUAAAUAUAGCAGAACAUUUUGAAAAGCACAACUUCCAGGGAAUAGAAAAAAUAACGCAGGUUAGCAUGGCCUCACUGAAAGAAUUAGACCAAAGACUCUUUGAAAAUUACAUUGAACUGAAAGCAGAUCCCAUCGUUGGCUCCUUAGAACCUGGAAUUUAUGCAGGCUAUUUUGAUUGGAAAGACUGCCUGCCUCCAACAGGUGUCAGGAACUACUUAAAAGAAGCAUUGGUGAAUAUAAUUGCCGUGCAUGCAGAGGUGUUCACUAUUUCCAAAGAAUUGGUGCCUCGGAUUCUGUCCAAGGUGGUUGAAGCGGUUUCUGAAGAGCUAAGUCGACUGAUGCAGUGUGUUUCAUCCUUCAGCAAAAAUGGAGCAUUGCAGGCAAGGCUUGAAAUCUGUGCCUUGAGGGAUACUGUGGCUGUUCACCUGACGUCUGAAAGCAGGUCUAGUUUUAAACAGGCUUUGGAAGCCCUGCCUCAGCUCUCAAGUGGAGCAGAUAAAAAGUUCCUGGAAGAGCUGCUGAACAAGUUCAAGAGCAGCAUGCACUUGCAGCUCACCUGUUUCCAAGCUGCUGCUUCAACCAUGAUGAAAACAUAAAUACCUCCAAAAUAAGGGCAGUCCAAAGAUAACAAGUAAUAAAAUCAUUCACUUUCUUAAGUGUCCUAAAGGUAUUUGGUAUAUAAAGCAUUAGGUUUGCGAUUUCUUUCU